CUGGCGGAGGCGGCGGCGGCGGCGGUGGGCGCUGGGCCCAGGGGCGCGGGGACGGGCCGUGGGCCCCCGGAACGAGGCGAAGAUGCUGGAAGCAGAUCUGGUUUCCAAGAUGCUGCGGGCUGUUCUGCAGUCUCAUAAGAAUGGGAUCGCCUUGCCCCGGCUGCAAGGAGAGUACCGAUCCUUGACUGGAGACUGGAUCCCCUUCAAACAGCUGGGUUACCCGACCUUGGAAGCCUACCUGAGAAGUGUGCCAGCGGUUGUCAGGAUAGAGACCAGUAGAUCUGGAGAGAUCACCUGCUAUGCUGUGGCCUGCACAGAAACCGCGAGAAUCGCUCAGCUUGUGGCUCGUCAGAGGAGCUCUAAAAGGAAAACCGGGCGGCAAGUUAAUUGUCAGAUGAGAGUGAAGAAAGCCAUGCCAUUUUUUCUAGAAGGAAAACCAAAAGCGACACUCAGGCAGCCAGGAUUUGCUUCAGAUUUUUCUGUCAGCCAAAAACCGAGUCCAGCACUGUUAAGAGACAAAGGCCAAGCUGUUGGAGUUAUAACUGAUGUUGCGUUGCCAGCUUACGCGUUGCCCACCACUGUUGGAAACGAGCUGUUCAAGGACACUGUGGGGCAGAAGCCCAUGACCCUGUCUACCAACAACAGGUUUAGUCCGAAGGUAUCACUGUCGCCAUCUUUUCAGAUGCAUCUCUCAAGAUCCUGUAGCAAGGAAAUGAGCGAUAAUUUAAAUCAGACUGUUGAAAAACCCAAUGUCUCGCCUCCUGCUUCUUACACUUAUAAAAUGGAUGAGGUUCAAAACCGCAUAAAGGAAAUACUAAACAAGCAUAACAAUGGCAUUUGGAUAUCUAAGCUUCCACAUUUUUACAAAGAAUUAUAUAAAGAAGACCUUAACCAAGGAAUCUUACAGCAGUUUGAACACUGGCCUCAUAUCUGCACGGUGGAAAAGCCCUACAGUGCUGGCCAGGAUUCACUUCUUUAUCCAGCCAAGAGAAAGCAGCCGCUGAGAAGCGAACCGGACGCUGAGAAAGUGCCCCAGCCCUUGCCACCGUCUCCCAAAGCGCCCAUGGUGAGAGGAAGCCCGGCCACUAUGCCCGAGGACUUUAAGGGGAAAGUGGCCGAGCUGCUGGGGAAGUACUCGAGCGGCCUGUGGGCCAGCGCGCUCCCCAAGGCCUUCGAGGACGUCUACAAAGUCAAGUUCCCCGAGGAUGCCUUGAAGAACCUCGCCUCGCUGGCUGACGUGUGCACCGUGGACUACAUCUCGGGAAACCCACAGAAGGCCAUUCUGUACGCCAAGCUCCCCGCUCCCGCCGACGCGACCCCGAAGGAAGCCGGGCAAGCCCAGGGCAAUUGCGAUAUCAAGUCUAUGAUUGAGCAGGAGUAUCUGCAGAUUGAGGAGAACAUCGCCGAAAGCGUCGAGGUCUCUGCGGAGGCCGUGACGGUGCCGCCGUUGGUCAUCCCCACCGAGGCGUCCCCAUCGGUCCUGGUGGUUGAACUGAGCAACACGAAUGAAGUGGUGAUCAGGUAUGUGGGCAAAGACUAUUCUGCCGCCCAGGAGCUGAUGGAAGACGAGAUGAAGGAGUAUUACAGCAAGAGCCCUAGCGUCACACCAGUGCAGGCCGUGCACGUGGGGCAGCUGCUGGCCGUGAACGCAGAGGAGGACACGUGGCUGCGGGCGCAGGUCGUCUCCACGGAAGAGAGCAAGAUAAAGGUAUGCUAUGUUGACUAUGGGUUUAGUGAAAGUGUUGAAAAGAGCAAAGCAUACAAAUUGAACUCAAAGUUCUGUUCACUGUCAUUCCAAGCUACAAAGUGUAAGCUAGCAGGACUGGAAGUCGUGAGCGACGACCCUGAUGUUGUGAAGGUGGUCGAGUCCCUGACCUGUGGGAAGAUCUUCGCGGUGGAGGUCCUCGACCAGUCUGAGAUCCCACUUGUGGUGCUGUACGACACCUCAGGAGAAGACGACAUCAACAUCAAUGCCACCUGCUUGAAAGCCGCGUGCGACAAGUCCCUGAAGGUUCACCUCCAGGUGGACGCCAUGUACACCAACGUCAAGGUGACGAAUAUCUGCUCCGAUGGAACCCUCUACUGCCAGGUGCCUUGCAAGGGUCUGAGCAAGCUCACGGACCUCCUGCAUAAGAUAGAGGACUACUUCCACUGCAAGCACAUGACCUCCGAGUGCUUCAUCUCCCUGCCCUUCUGCGGGAAAAUCUGCCUCUUCCAUUGCAAAGGAAAGUGGUUACGCGUAGAGAUCACAAACGUGCACAGCAGCCGGGCCCUGGAUGUGCAGUUCCUGGACUCCGGCACCGUGACGUCUGUGAAAGUGUCGGAACUCAGGGAAAUCCCGCCUCGAUUCCUACAGGAAAUGAUCGCCAUACCACCGCAGGCCAUCAAGUGCUGCUUAGCAGAUAUCCCACAGUCGAUUGGCAUGUGGACACCAGACGCCGUGCUCUGGUUGAGAGACUCUGUCUUGAAUUGCUCGGACUGCAGCAUUAAGGUUACAAAAGUGGAUGAGGCCAGAGGGAUUGCCUAUGUCUAUUUAUUCACCCCCAAGAACUUCCCGGACCCUCACCGCAGUAUUAACCGGCAGAUCACAAACGCAGACCUGUGGAAGCAUCAGAAGGAUGUGUUCCUGAGCGCCGUGUCCAGCACCGCCGGCGUCGCCAGCAACAGGAACGGCAACCUGCCCACCCCGGGCAGCACCGGAGAGAGUUUCAGAAAGAGCCUUGUAGACAUUAUCAAGAAGUCCGUGGUGGAGUGCACCAGCCCCUUCUCAGUGGAGGAGCUGCCGCCACCCGUGCACCUGUCCAAGCCGGGGGAGCACAUGGAUGUGUAUGUGCCUGUGGCUUGUCACCCAGGCUACUUUGUCAUCCAGCCCUGGCAGGAGAUUCACAAGCUGGAGGUCCUGAUGGAAGAGAUGAUUCUGUAUUACAGCGUGUCCGAGGAGCGCCACGUGGCCGUGGAGAAGGACCAAGUGUAUGCCGCGAAGGUGGAAAAUAAGUGGCACAGGGUGCUUUUAAAAGGAAUCCUGACCAACGGUUUGGUGUCCGUGUACGAGCUGGACUACGGCAAGCACGAGCUAGUGAACAUAAGGAAAGUGCAGCCCCUGGUGGACAUGUUCCGGAAGCUGCCGUUCCAAGCCGUCACAGCUCAGCUGGCAGGAGUGAAGUGCAGCCAGUGGUCGGAGGAGGCGUCCAUGGUGUUCCGGAACCACGUGGAGAAGAAGCCUCUGGUGGCCUUGGUGCAGACGGUCAUCGAGCACACCCACCCUUGGGACCGGAAAGUGGUGGUCUAUCUAGUAGACACCUCGCUGCCCGACACGGACAUCUGGAUUCAUGAUUUUAUGUCAGAGUAUCUGGUAGAGCUUUCAAAAGUUAAUUAAUCACUGCUUCUGAGACCUUGGCAACUAAUCCAGGUUUUUUAGCAAUAACAAAAUGUAGUAGCUUUUAAAAAAAUCUUAUUUCUGCUACAAGGCUCUGACUGCUUGCUAUGGGGGAUUGAAAAGAAUAUGCAUAUGCUUGUUUGAUGGAAGAUAUUUAACAAGUUUUGUUUUAACAGAGUUGGCUUUUCAAAGAAAAUUGCACUUGAAUUAUUACUAUAAUACUAGAAUAAAAAUG